UAGUAAACAAUAGAUGUGGAUUGCAGGUUCAUGUGAACUUUUUCGCUAAUUAAACGAAUAUAAAUAUUGUUUUUAUAAUUGUGUUGUUAAAAGUAAAAUAAUAUCGUUCUAAAAACAUUGUGGGUGGUUGAUUGGCCACAAUGGAGACCACUCGCACUGUAAAUUUUGUGUAUGCUUAUAAGGAUCAUGCCGGCAAAGAUUGUGAAGCUAAACUGGAUGUCAAAUUCCCCUUUGAGGAUGAAAGCCUGGAGGAGUUGGUUACUCAGCUCUUGGCCCAAAUGGAUCCAAUGAUGCGGUAUUUAGACGAAGACGUCAAUUUGGAGAAGAAGCUGCAAGCGUUUAUAGACAUUGAACAUCAAAAGUUUCUCGAUGAUUAUGCGGAGAAAUUAAUUAAUCAGGCAGCUAACGAAGAGCUCGACUUGGAAGCGAUAGUGCGCAACACCGAGCGUUUGUAUAAGGAAGAGUUGCUGCAGUUUGCCGAUCGUGUUGGCCCCAGUGAUGAGGAUAUCUUUGCCCAGAGUUUCCAUCGUCUGGUGCACUCCACAUCCCUAGAGGACAUACUGAAAAGGGAACGUGGCUAUGCUAAAGUUAUUGCCGACAUGACCGAACUGAUGGAUAAUGAAGUGGAAUCGUUGAACAAUUCGCAGCAGCAGGAAAUGGACAGCCAGAUCAAUCAACUGGACAUUACAACAACUUCGGAGGACAUCAACAAUCUGUUGGCACAGCAAUAUACCACACAGAAUUUUGUACGCAAACGUUACGAAUCUGAGCUGGAGGCUAUGAUGGGUCAUCAAAAGAAUGAAUAUCGCAAUUGGAUCACUAGUCAAGUAAGUCAGAUGUUCCAAGUGUCGCCGGUGUCGACGCCAUUGGGCAAUCGCUCCUCCAUGUUUGUGUCACAGCAGCCAUCGAUGGAGGAGAGCUUCACCAUACAUUUGGGUUCGCAGCUGAAGCACAUGCACAACAUACGCAUACUCAGUGCCAAUGUGACGGAUCUGUGCAGUCCACUGCAUGCGGAGGAGAGCUUGAAUGGCUUGAACAUGGCACUAGGACUCUAUUCGAGCUCGCUGUGCGGUGUCGUGGUGUUGACGCCCUCGAUACAGGCUCAGGCCAACAAAAGCAUUAUCAAGAACGCUAACAGAUCGACAGAGUUUCAUUUCGAUCAGAUGGAUGUGCAGCUGGAGAAGAUUGAGAAGCAGAUACGUGCCUUGAACUCAAGCGACACAAGCAGCACGCGCAGCAAUGGCAGCGGCAACAGUGGCGAAGGCAGCGCCAAUUCUUCGCCAGCUAAACAGUCGGUGCCCAAAUUGAAAACUGGCGAUUUCUUCAUCACCAAGCACUCGAAUCUCUCGCAGUCUCAUGUCAUAUUUCAUUUGAUAUCCGAUGAGCCCAUCAACAGUCCCAGUGAAAUUAAUUCACGGCAUCCAGUGAUUUUGGGACUACGAAAUAUAUUAAAGACUGCCAGUCGUCACGAUAUUACAACUUUAACUAUUCCGGCACUAUUGAGACACGAGAUGAGCGAGGAUAUGACAGUUCAAUGGUGCAUUCGACGAGCUGAGCUUGUCUUCAAGUGCGCCAAGGGUUUUAUGAUAGAAUCUGCCUCCUGGGGAGGUGCAGAGUUAAGCACUUUGCAAUUGCUGCUGCCACAUGAUAUAUCCGAGGAGCUGUUCACAACGCUGGCUGGUAUGGUGCCCAAUGUAUUCCGAGUUGCGAAUCCAAAGAUACUCGUAGAUAAUAAUAAAUAAGAGCAUUCCCCGACUAGAAAUUAUAUAAAUAUUCAUAGUUAUAUUUAUGUUUUUGUAUGUAA